CUACACUGUUGGGCACUGAACUGUUGAAAGUGCAUAACGGGAUAAGGAGAGAUGGCAUGGAGCAGACCAGUCAAUAUUCGCAAAGUGCUUCGAAUAACAAAUAGUCCAGUUAAAUAUCUGAAAUGGAUCAUUGAUUAGAAGUACUUUGGAUAUAUUUUUUCAUUUUUAUAAGAACAUAAUAGCUUUUUAAAACUGGCGCUCGUAUGGCUGUCCCGAACGAGGAUACAUUGUAUCUGAUUCAGACCAACUAACUUCUGUUCAUGGAAACAAUUCAGCAACAAUUCUAUUGAACGGAUUACAGUCGGAUUUUGUGUUUCCAGAUAUUGUUGAGUUGAACAUUUGGAAUAUAACUAAUCUGGAAACGAGUGUGUUUUGGAAGUUGCCUGAUGUCUAGUGCCACUGGACGAGAAUAACUUUUCUCCACGUCGUGCUUCUUCACGAAAACCUGUCAGAGUUAGUUCACAAACUGUCUGAACUGACAAAUUCUUAGUUGGCUUCAUCACUAUGAGAAAGUGUGGAUUCCAGGAUCAAAUACCAUGAUUAGUGUAUUUGUCCCAAAUAAUUUAUUUUGAGAAUAGUGCUUUACCGUGCUUUCUAGGGAGCACUUUGACAUAUAAUAUAGCCUUUAUCUGAACAAAGUCGUGAUGAUUUCGGAGGAACGAAGUAACGUUAGUCAUAUAUCCAAGCAAGCCCUCAACUUUCCAGUGGGCCUAUUGAUCCGCUCGCCAAAGAAGAGCCUGGCAAAGCUGGGGAGGAAGCCAAGCAAUGGAUCCCUGCAGUAAGUCAUAUUAUUCAUAUCCAGUGUAUCUACUUUGUAGGGUAUUUAAAACGAGGCACCCUUAUUUUGCAUAAUUGGAUUUCAGUUUUGUUACAUGCAAAUGCCUGUGAUUUUGUAUAUUCAAAUGGACUUAUGGCCUUCAAUAGAAAUGUAAUUUUGUAAUUUGUAGAGAGGUGCUCCAAGCUUAUACUGUCCUCUUAUUAAUUACCCCUUCAUUUUGUGUCCUCCCUUGAACUCUUUCACUUUCAAUAACAACUUUACCUUGCUCUCUGUGUUUCACUCUGUCACUAUCUAUGUCUAUGUCUCUUUCUCUUAUUUGUAUCUCACUCUCUCUCGCUCUCUCUCUGUCUCUCUGUCUCUCUCUCCUACUCCAUCCAUCCAUCCAUCCAUCCAUCCAUCCAUCCAUCCAUCCAUCCAUCCAUCCAUCCAUCCAUCCAUCCAUCCAUCCAUCCAUCCAUCCAUCCAUUUCUCCCUCUCCCUCUCUCAGGUCCAACACCUCAGAUGGCACCACCCAUUCAGCGGAGAGUACAGGCGUGAGGCAGCCGGCCAAGAACAAAAUCCGCCGCCACAACAACAGACUGUCGACAGUGUUCAACCGGAGCCCCCUCCUGCGUGGCGACAGUGGGCAGGGGCAUGCCCCGGGUGGCAGGAGCAUGGCAGGGGACCUGCAGGCAGCAGACGACCCUGCUGAGCUGUCCAGUCAGAUGUCAGCCCCAGGCAUCCUAAAGAUCUUUGGCAGCGACAUCUGCCAGGGAACUAACUACAAGAGCGUCCUGGCCACGACUCGCUCCAGCGCCAAGGAACUUGUCAAAGAGGCCCUGGAGAGGUGAGGGGUUAGGGUUGCCCACUGGCAUUAUGUGAUUUGUUAGCAUUAGCCUCAAUGCUAACACGUAAGCAGAAAGGGAACAUUCCUCAAGGCUAAAUGGUAUGGACUGCAAUACUGCUAAUCCUAAGUGUGAACCAUUGCAAAUCACUUAAAGCUGGUGAUAUAGUCAUUGUGCCCAGAUUAUCUCAAAGCCAUUUUAAUUUCAGGAGGAAUUAGAUCUUAUCAUGCUAUUCUGACUAAGUUGCUUUUAUUGUUGCUUAGAUACUGUCUGGAGAAAGAGGAUCCCAGUCAAUAUGUGCUGUGCGACGUGAUUGGCCAGACCGGAUCAGACCACCAAUGGAAGACGGAGUGCUUUCGGGUCGUGGGUGACCACGAGAAGCCCCUCAUGCUACAGUCGCUAUGGAAACCCAAAGAAGGCUUCUCCAGACGCUUUGAGAUCCAGAAGAGAGUGAGCGUAGAGGAACAGAGUGCUAAGGAUACCGACACCGUCACAGCAGGUACGUCAACCAUACAGGUGCAGCUCAGUGAACCCAGUAACAACAACCUAAAGCCCAGGUAAUCAUUCUGUCUGUUGGGGUGGCAUUGGAUCUCCUAUCUCGUAACUAACGGUAGGGUAAUAGAAUCCAUUGUCCAACUUAUCACGAGACAGAGCAGGGGAGAUGGCAGGCAAGUGAGAGGUCAGAGAAAAACUAAAGCUGCAGUGAGGGGUAGAGGAGGUCAGAGUGUCCCCUCUCUCUUAUCUGGGAUUGACAACAGGGUCCCAACAGGGGUCUCUGAAGCCCCCAGGGCAGGGGACUGGCUGUGGCUGGAUAGGCUUUUUCCAAUGGUUAUUCUAUCCAUCAGAGCUCGCUUCCUGCACACUGGACACUGUGUGGUCCUGUUGACUUUGGCGUGCGUUUGUUGUGAUUCUCAGUUUUCAUCAAACCUCCACAUCACCCUCCACUCUUUUUGCUCUACUCUGAUUGGGGGAAGCUGGGGGAAGUUGCCCCCUCUGCAGGCCUGACCAGCCCCCCUGACACAGUGUGUCAGAACAAUGUGGAAGAACGCCCACUUCCACAGCUGAUAAGAGCCUGGGAGCUCUCUGGACAUUCCAUGGUGCUUAAUGGCUCCAAAUGAGCUGAAUAGUGUUUAUGUUGCGGUACGUCAGCCCAACAGCCAGGGACGCCUGUUGAUAUCAGAUAGAGGACAACACCUCUCACUACACCUCCAAAUUUCCUCUCUCCUUCACCUGCUAUGUUUGAUUUGACUGAGAGCCAACUCAGUAAAACAUUAUGAUAUGGUGGUGUGUGAUGGACUGGAAUGAUUUUAUGGAAGAACUCCCCUAAUAGUUUGAGUGUUUAGCAUAUUGUGAAGUUUCAGUUUAUGUAUAGAUGAUUACGUUUAUGUUACAUAGAUUAUAUCAGGACACAAUCAAUGAUUUUGUAAUAAAUUAUGAAUACAUUAUUAAUAAUCGCUUCUCUGCAUCUAGUCUCAUCCUCCCUCUUCCCGUGCUUCUCUCUGCCCCAGGUAUCAACGCCCAGGCUCGCAAGCUCCAGAAGGGCCGAUCGCGGGUCACGUCUCUGUUCAUGGACGGCAGUGGUGAGGAUGUGGAGGGCCUGGGGAUGUGGAGGAGUCUCAGUGAGAUGGACCUGUCUGCCAUGGAGAAGGAGGCCAUGCAGGGCCCAGCAGAAGGCCCAGCUCAUCAGGGAGGACCCAGAGGCCGAGGCCGACAAGGAGGCCCUGCGUCUGGGCAUGGAGAAGGAGGAGACGGAGAGCAGUGAUGACAACACCACCCAGUACUCCAUCCACCCACCCUUUGAUUUCCCCUACUUCCUGCUGCUGCAGGGAUACAGCUACAGACAGGUAGGAAGACUGGAAAGUGAAGCUGUUGCCACUGCUAUACAUUAAACCCAGAUGCAUUUGUUCGUCUAUCAGAUUAUUGAUUAUCUUAAAUGAUAAGGAACUUUAAUGAAAGGCUUGGCUUCAGUUUACACAGCUGAAGUCAGUUGGUUAGAUAGGAAUCAGUCUGUUCUUGAAUAGUUAGGCUCAGAAUAGGUUUGUAUGGUUGAAGAAUGUGUCCGGCUGCGACAGAGAGAGAUGUCAUGCUGAAAUUCUUCACAGUGGGCCUGGGCAGCCAGAAAGCAGCAGCUGUAAUUGGUUGAGCCGGAUGGCUGCUCCAUUGAAUACCUUUCAAGGUUCUCAAGUGUCUCUUGGCAGGGUGGCAGAAACACUGUGAAGAAAGGCUUAUCAGAGACACUGAGGCAUAAACAAGUACACUCCACUACACUAUAGAGGCCCCCACUGAACCUCUUAGGUUAAGACCUGGGGUUAAAAUCCCCAGAAAGAGAGAGAGACAGAGAGAGAGGAGCAGAGAGCAGAGGGCUUUAGCUGCAGUGAAGAUGCUAUAACAUGGACAGGGAGAGACUGAGUCUUGCUGCUGGAUUACUAUGGGCUCAGAGUAUUGGGCUCAGAGCCACGAGCUCAAGCAGACUCAGAGUAGACCGGCAUGUUGUGGACAGGUGAUUCUCGUGUCCACACACUGAGUGGGCCAGCCUGGGUCAUGUACUGGAGAGGCGGGAAAAAGGAGCUGGCCUUGUCCCAGCAGUAGAGUUCUCACACUGGGAUGUGUUGUCUGUCAACAGGGCUCAUUGAAUAGAUAAGGAACACUGUGUUCACAAUCACAGUUCAGCUCAGCCCUGAUGGCUCUGCAGUGGAGGUGGAGAUAGUAUUAGAGAAUAGAGCAGAAGGCACACUAUAAUGUCUAAACAAACUCAGUGGACGUACAUACACAUGCCGGGCCAGAGGGCCAGAGGGCCAGAGGGCCAGAGGGCCAGAGGGCCAGAGGGCCAGAGGGCCAGGCCCAUUCCUAGGAACAGGAAAUGCUGCUGCUCUCUCUCUGUUGUUUGUUCCUCAUUGUGGAUACUGCUGAGUGUGCAGGACACUGGGUGGGGUGUGCCAGAUACUGGGGGCAGGCAGAGUACUGAGCCCGUCCCCGGUCCGGCCACUCCACAACAAUAACUCACUCACAUAUCAGCAGUCCUAUGGAAUAGAAAUGUUCCAGGCUUGACUCGUUUAAAAAAAAAAAGUGUCUGUGUUUCCAGACCAGCUUUUCCUGAACUUAAUCUCCUGUGAACCAUGAGAGAGCUGUAUUGGAUUUGAUUUCCUUGUGAGUGUUGUUGUUCAAGUUCAAGUGCAGGUCAGUGUAGUCACAUUGACUCACAGUUAUUAACUCCCUUUCUAGACAGUUUGAUCUAUUCUGCCAGAUAUCAUGUGCAGGAAAAUAAAUAAAGGUUGAGAAGUUGUCACUAUAUUGAUUUGAAUAGUCCAGUUUAGUGCAGGCUAUCAUAUGGAGCCAGUGACUCUAACCAUUUAGUUAGUUAAGUGUAUGUGCUUGCACACUGUGCUCAGUGGCUGGUUUGCUUCCAUGCUAGCUGGGAUGAUACAGUAUCAUGACCUGCCUGAAAGGCUCUGCAUGGUCAAUCCAACGUCUGAUGUGGCCGUACAGCAUUUACUGCGAUGCAGCCUCCGUAGACGUCAGGGCUUUCAUACUUGCUCUUAGCAGAGCAGAGCAGUGCUAUUGUGAAGGAAGUUGUCAAGGAAGUGAGUUUGUGUUUAUACAUGACGUACCGCCCCCACCUACCGUCAACGAAUCAUGUCAAUGCGGAGCUAUACGGAGCCCUCCGCAUUGUUACAAAAUUUGAGAGGCGCACGGUGAUGCGGUACGGAGCUUGAUUUGGCCUCAGCAUGCCUCCGGAGGCGCAAUUGCAUCACACCCUCCAUAUGGAGCCUCUGAUUACAUUUUCAGAUCAAGCAUAAAUUGGCUUUAAUAGUCUUGGGAGGGAUGACCGAGCGACGGGUGGUGUUAGAAGGUCAUGACCUCCCCCACACUGAUCCUCAACAGAGGGUCCCCAACAGAAGUGCUCAGCCCCCUCCUGUACUCCCUGUUCACCCAUCACUGCGUGGCCACGCACGUCUCCAACUCAAUCAUAAAAUAUUCUGAUGACACAACAGUGGUAGGCCUGAUUACCAACAAUGACAAGACAGCCUACACGGAGGAGGUGAGAGCCCUGGUGGAGUGUUGCCAGGAAAAUAACCUCUCCCUCAACGUCAACAAAACAAAGGAGCUGAUCGUGGUCUACAGGAGACAGCAGAGAGAGCACGCCCCCAUCCACAUAGACGGGGCUGCAGUGGAGAGGGUCAAAAGCUUAAACUUCCUCAGUGUGCACAUCACUGAGGACCUGAAAUGUUAUAAAUAUAAUAUAUACACUGAGUGUACAAAACAUUAAGAACCCUUCCUAAUAUUUUGCCCUCAGAACAGCCUCAAUUCGUCGGGGCAUGGACUCUACAAGGUGUCGAAAGUGUUCCACAGGGAUGCUGGCCCAUGUUGACUCCAAUGCUUCCCAUAGUUAUGUCAAGUUGGCUGGAUGUCCUUUGGGUGGUGGACCAUUCUUGAUACAAACAGGAAACUGUUGAGCGUGAAAAACCUAGCAGCGCUGCAGUUCUUGCCACAAACCGGUGUGCCUGGCACCUACUAGCAUAUUCUGGUCAAAGGCACUAACAUAUUUUGUCUUGCCCAUUCACCCGCUGAAUGGCACACAUACACAAUCCAUGUCUCAAUCGUCUCAAGGCUUAAAAAUCCUUAUUUAACCUGUCUCCUCCCUUUCAUCUACACUGAUUGAAGUAGAUUUAACAUCAAUAAGGGAUCAUAGCUUUCACCUGGAUUCACCUGGUCAGUCUGUCAUGGAAAGAGCUUAAUGUUUUGUACACUCAGUGUAUAUUUAAAUGAAACUGCUUGUUCUCUCUUUAUUUGUGGCGGGGGAUUAUGUGUGUGUUGUUUUGUAUUGCUAGAUAUUACUGCACUGUUGGAGCUAGAAAACACAAGCAUUUCUCUGCACCAUGCGAAAACAUUUAUUUAUGAAUUAUUGUUUCAUACACUUCUCACUCCCCCCUCUGCUUUUCCCCCUAUGGACAUUCUACAGUUGAAAAUGUGUAUAUAAUAUUAUUAUUAUUAUUAUUAUUAUUAUUAUUGUCUUAUUCACGUUUCUUUUUUUAUCCUGCACUGUUGGAGCUCGGAGCAUAACAAUUUCACAGUACCCUGCGAUUAUAUCUGUGCAUGUGACUAAUAAACUCAUCUAAAAAAAUAAAUUGAAUCUGCAAAUCUGUGGACUUUGAUUUGAUUUGACAUGGACUUAUAGUUUCACACCUAAGCCCUUCCAUUCCUGUCCCUCCACCACACACUGCCAGUACAUGCUGAUCCUGGACCUGUUCCGUCCUCACAUAACACAUGGCUCUAAUGCGCCUGCUUGAUCGAUCUCCAAAUGAUUACACAACUUCACAAUUAAAGUCCUGGGUCUUUUAUUUGUGCUUUGUAUUGUGGCUUUGUAUUGUGGUGCCAAAGUGCAUGUGUUUACAUUGUAGUUAGGUACUAGGUAGGAGCAGUGUAAUUACAGUGUAGUUAAUACAUAGUAGUUACAAAGUAUCAUAGCAUAUUGCAAACUGAAACCAGUGCAUUAAUUAAUGUAGCACUCAUGGAUUCUGCUGGUUGACCUUCCAUUGCCCCUCCUCUACCCUGCAGGACUUUGUCAUCUACCUGAUGAGCGGCACCACCACCAUCUUCGGCUGCUGCAGGGAGCACUGUAACGGAGAGGACGAAGAGAGGCUCAAGGUAGACAUCCUCCUCUUUGCCCCGGACAUUCUGCCCCAGCACUGCUGUGUCAGGCGCCUGGACUCUACCAACUCCUCCCCGGGGGACACCAAGCGGACUCUGACCCUGCUGAAGCCCCUCCACGGUGCCCCCAUCACCCGGAAUGGUUUCCUCCUGAAGGAGGAGGUGGAGCUGACCCCUGGGGACCUGGUGGGUCUGGGACGACACUACCUGUUCAUGUUUAAGGACCCUACUGCCGCCCCAGGGGCUCCACAGACCCCUCCCUGGAUGAAACAACUCUGCCCCGCCCAUGACGGAGGAUUGGGAGUGUCAUCCUCCUGUCAAUCAUGUGGCUCCGCCCUCCCAAUGAAAUUGCCUAGGGUCCAGAGGAAGCCGGCUCCUCCUCGGUGGAAGGACCCAGAGGGUGGAGAGGUGUCUCUGAGCUAUGAGCUGGAGCAGGAGGACAGGGUCCUGCAGGAGGUCCUGGUCAUGGUGGACCCCAGUGGGGACGAAGUCAAACUGACCCCUGCCUUCCUGCUGAGCCUGUCCAUCCAACACUCGGCCGCUACGUUCCAGCUGACACACUUCCGAAGGUUGCUGCUCCGCAUAGCCAGUCAGAUCCAGCUCACCAUGUGGGUGAGUAAAACUAUGCAGCUCCACUAUGCACAGAAACAAUGCACUCUCUCGAGUCAAACGACUUACCUUUUAUAUCAUCACGCCACAAAUAAACCUUGAAUCGUUAUGCAUUCAACAUACUGUGUGUCUCCAGGGUACUGCAAAGAAAGAAAAGUAAUCAAAGGUGUCAUCAAGCUUGAAUAUCAUUUAGAUAGGCUUGCUGCUGGUUUGAAAUGAAUGUUGUCUUUAUCGCUGUCCCCUUGCAGGAGAAGACAAAGGAGCUCGCUGUGAUCCAACCAGAAAGGUGAGUAGCAGCCACUCCAACCUCAAUCACUCAGCCUGCCCCAGAAAUGCUAACAAUGAACAGCAAAGAUGACAACAGAGAGAAGAACAGUGGUAACCUGCUGCCUCUGACACUAACCCCCCUUUCACCACUACAGUCCAACAACAAUGCUACUUGACGUUCUGGGAGGGGUGUGUAGUAUACACAGAUAGCAUUUUUUAAAAUUGUAUUUAUUUAUUUUAUUUCACCUUUAUUUAACCAGGUAAGCCAGUUGAGAACAAGUUCUCAUUUACAACUGCGACCUGGCCAAGAUAAAGCAAAGCAGUGCGAUAAAAACAACAACACAGAGUUACAUAUGGGGUAAAAAAACAUAAAGUCAAAAAAUACAACAGAAAAUAUAUAUACAGUGUGUGCAAAUGUAGCAAGUUAUGGAGGUAAGGCAAUAAAUAGGCUAUAGUGCAACAUAAUUACAAUUAGUAUUAACACUGGAAUGCUAGAUGUGCAAGAGAUUAUGUGCAAAGAGAGAAACUGGGGUGCAAAAGAGCAAAAUAAAUAACAAUAUAGGGAUGAGGUAGUUGGGUGGGCUAAUUUCAGAUGGGCUGUGUACAGGUGCAGUGAUCGGUAAGGUGCUCUGACAACUGAUGCUUAAAGUUAGUGAGGGAGAUAAGAGUCUCCAGCUUCAGAGAUUUUUGCAAUUCGUUCCAGUCAUUGGCAGCAGAGAACUGGAAGGAAUGGCGGCCAAAGGAGGUGUUGGCUUUGGGGAUGACCAGUGAGAUAUACCUGCUGGAGCGCAGACUACGGGUGGGUGCUGCUAUGGUGACCAAUGAGCUAAGAUAAGGCGGGGAUUUGCCUAGCAGUGAUUUAUAGAUGGCCUGGAGCCAGUGGGUUUGACGACGAACAUGUAGUGAGGACCAGCCAACAAGAGCGUACAGGUCACAGUGGUGGGUAGUGUAUGGGGCUUUGGAGACAAAACGGAUGGCACUGUGAUAGACUACAUCCAAUUUGCUGAGUAGAGUGUUGGAGGCUAUUUUGUAAAUGACAUCGCCGAAGUCAAGGAUCGGUAGGAUAGUCAGUUUUACGAGGGCAUUUUUGGCAGCAUUGUCUCGUUGUCACGUCUCAGUGACUUAUUUACACAAUAAAAGCUGAGAAGGAGUCAUGGUCUCUUGCUGUUCAUACUUCUCUAUAUGCCACCCUUUGAAGUGUAUGAAAUCAAAAUGAUAGCUAAUGAUGAUUUAAAGUUAUGUAACUGUAUUGUAGCGCACUGUAUUCCAAAGCUGUGCUUUGGCUGCCUGCUGCAAAAGGAGAAGGGAUUUUGUUGAAUGAAUGUUUAAUUUCAUAUUUCACUCAACUGCACAUGGAAAUCAAAUGUAAUGGUUUAAAUUAGCAUUCAUUCCAAGGGAUAGAGACAUGCUGUAAAAUAUGAGUCAUUCGCAAGCCACAUUUAGUGCCAUUCACCCAGGACAGGGCAUUUGUUGGCUGUUGGACUGAACUCAGACCUGUCUAUAUGUCUCCCCUUGCAGGAGUUCCAGUGAUGUCCAGCAGGAGCCAGAGGAUGUGCAGCUGCUGAGCAUGGAGGAGCUGAUCCCAGGCCUGCGGCCGCUGGUGCUGUGGAUGGCCAACUCCAUUGAGCUGCUGCACUUCAUCCAGCAUGACGUUCCCCAGCUGCUGCCCUGGAGGCAGGAGGAAGAGGAGGAGGGCUCAGAGCCGGAGUCGGAGAUGUGGUCCACUAGGACUGCCAGUGAGGAGGCCAUGACGGUCCUGGAGGAGGUCAUCAUGUUCACCUUCCAGCAGUCUGUCUAUUACCUCACCAAGGUCAGUACAUAGUCACACACUACAAUCAUACACUCCACAGGAGGUUGGUGGCACCUUAAUUGGGAGGACGGGCUUGUGGUAAUGGCUGGAGCGGAAUCAGUGGAAUGCUAUCAAAUACAUCAAACACAUGGUUUGAUGCCAUUCCAUUAGCUCCGUUUCCAGACAUUAUUAUGAGACGUUCUCCCCUCAGCAGCCUCCACUGAUACACUCACCUAUAGAUGACAUGCAUGCAACACGCACACAAACACAGACACGUGCCUAGCACACACACACACCGCACAUGUACACAAUAACAUCCUUGACUAUUUGCCCCUAGAACACCUUGCACAGCCCAAAUAGAAAGACAUAUUUUGCCUGUGGACUACGUGAAGCAGGACGUGAGACUUUAUAAACACCAUUCUCCGUUUGCAGGUAGCAUGCCAGACAAUAAACCAUAAUAAGCCAGGGGAAACACACACACUUUCUCUGGCUCUCUCAGUAAGAAUAGCGUGUGAGAUAGUGUCGUCUUUUCCAGUGGAAUAAAUGACUGCUUAUCAUCUUUUUAAUAUUCUGUAAAUCCACUUCAAGGUUAUUUCCAGUCUUUUGACCCUGCCAAUGAAGCCACUCUAGCUGUUUAGAUGAAAUGUUUAUAGAGAGCAACAAAAGGUCUAUCCUGUUCAACAAUGAGCCCCAGGAAGACACUCCCAGCCAGGGUUUACUGGAGUUUCCUAUGUUUGGGCCCCUAUAACUAACUCUAUGGCAUUAACAGAGCACCAUCACUGCCACAGUAACCCAGAGACCAGCAAUAGACACCCAAUAACACGGUCGACUGGAAACACCCGUUACCAUGGCGACGGUGCCUGGCGAUGACUGUUCCAGGAUGGGAGGGAGCACUGGCAUGGGUGGGAACAGGGAACAGGACUAUGUGCUGCUGUUAUUUUGGAUACUCCGAGACCACCUCUUCCUGUCCCUAGAUUUUCCGUUUCAGGACAGAAACCAUUGAUAAAAGAAAACGUACACAUGCCUGUCAACUAUCCCUGAUAACUAAUGGGCUUCCUGUGUGUGGUGUAAGGAGAGGCGCUUUCUCACAAUCUACUGCAGUUCUUAUUUGAUGUAGAGAAUGAAAGCACAGUGGAUGAUCAACUCCAAUUACAUUUAUUUCCCCCAAUAGUUACAGGCUCUAGUUAGACAGUCACCGCUGGAGCUCAGGGGAAAGCAGGCUUUGUUUUGGUGGUGGUUGGAUGUGCAGUGGUCAGGGAAGCAGCUGUAGUCCAGCGGAGAAGCAGGGCAGAGUAGUGGCCUUUUCCAAAAGUCUGUUUCCUGCUCAGGAAGAGAGGGGCUGUCUUCACAUAGACACACCACAGGGAGGGAUGGGCGGAGUACUCACUGCACAUUCCGGGGUCAAGUGAGAGAUACAGGCCAAGUCAAUACCUUAGAUGAAUUGUGACACUUUUUUGUGCCAGUAUGACCCUAUUUAUGUCAACAAACGACUCAAGCUCACACCCAAAGCCAUGUAUGUUUUCUCAGAUAUGGUACCACUAUCUUCAAAAUAAGGUUUUAACUGCAUUUAUAUGCUAAAACAGUUGGACUUUUAAUGCUGUACUGGAGAAUACGAUCUCCAGUUCCCUUCAUUGGACCAGUCUCAGUUUAAUAACUAACCAGCACCUGUAGCUCUGCGGAGCUGGCCUCUAAUCUAUCUAGUGACCUGUGGUUGAAGGAAUGUAUGCAUGGUGAUUGGGAUUUAACAGGCAAGUCUUUAUGAUCUUUCAGAGGCUCUGAAGUGUCUGUCUUAGUCAUGAUGUGUGCCUGCUGACCUGGCUGGCUGACGGGUGAUGUCAUGGACUAAAACAAUGGCAGAGAGCUGUGUCAGAGGAGGAGCAGGAGGGAGGAGGGAGGAGGAGGAGGAGGAGGAGGGAGGAGGAGGAGGAGGAGGGGGAAGAGGAGGCAUAGGGAGGAGGAGGAGGAGCCCAGGACCUCUGCACUGUGACAAAGAGAUGCUGACUCAAAGUUUUUUUUAAACCUCCUGAGUGCUCAAUGGUCCGAAUUUGGCUUCCUCUUGUUUGGGUCCUUCUUGCUUUUGGUGGAAGCAAGAAUGUGCCAGUUUAACAUUUAUUUUGUUGAAACAUAACACAAGGGUUUUGUUUAUGUUAAACCUUUUACCAGAUUGUGGUCUGCCAGGGCCCAAAUUGGUCAGUGGAGCUGUACAUGUUUCAGUGUCACCUCAUUUCCCCACUCCCCUUUCCCCUCACACAGAGCCUUGUGUGUGUGUGUGUGUGUGUGUGUGUGUGUGUGUGUGUGUGUGUGUGUUGGGAAAAAGGUUUUCCUGCUUGGUAUCCUGCUCUGCGAAAGCCUUCCUCUCCCUUGACCAGUACAUGGGUCGUUCCACGAAAUGAGCGCCUUUUGAUAUUUUAAGUAGCAAUCGGACACAAAUAUUACAGUAUAUUAAAUGAAGUUCCCUGUGCAUCCUCUGUGACUUCUAGGAAGAUUUGAACCCACUUAACCCCAACAUUUAUCCAAGUUUUCACCAUCAUUGUAAACCCUUAGUUAUUUUGUUGUUUGACAAAGUCAUUUCUGAAGAUCAUUAUUUAUUUCAUGUGAUUAGUGAUUCAUUUUAAGCAUGCUAGUAGAUACCCAUAGACUUCCAGUCAUUGCGCUAACGCUAGUUAGCAUUGGCUUGCGAAACUACCUCAAACUUCCUUCAUACUGGACACAGAAACAUACAAAUAGUAUCCACAAGUUCAUCUGACUCUAGAGGAGUAGAUAAAGGGCCUCAUUGCCAGUAUCCCUUUAAGGUCAACCCUGUUACAUGAACUGAACUCUCGUUUUAAGAUGGUGAAACUAUUCCUUUUUCAAAACAAAAGUCUAAAGAAACUAACAGUCAAAUCAUAAUGUAAAAGCAGGUGAGCUGGUUGUACUCUUUUUGGCAAUUUUCUGGUGUUAUGUGGUGGAAAACUGAGCAGGUCGGGCAUAACAUGUCAAACCGGUUACACCUAGAUAGACAGGCUAGACAUGUUUUAACAAUUUUCUUUUUUUAGUGAAGCUUGCAUUCAAUUGCCCCUCCCUGUUGCGCGAACAAGCUUCGAUUCCCCCUGUCACAAGGGGAUUUAUGGAUGAUUUAAGAUGAAGCCGUCAACCCUGUUACGGUCAACCCUGUUACUUUAUUUGGCACUUAAUAGGCAGUUACUAUAGUCCAUUUUUUAUUUAACCUCUUGAGAUGGGAAAAAAUGUUUUUUUAGAACAUGUACUCUUUAUGACGGAAUGCUAAAAGUAGGUGAAAUAUAACAUUUUAGUUUUUUCCACCAAGUUACACUACUGUUGCAACGCCAGGGUUGUGGUUUCGAUUCCCACGGGGGGCCAGUAUGAAAAAUGUAUGCACUCACUAACUGUAAGUCGCUCUGGAUAAGAGCGUCUGCUAAAUGACUAAAAUGUAAAUGUAAUGUACUCAAAAGACACCUAAUUGGUGGAACAACCAACCAUGACACAAAACACUCUUUCUCCUCAGUUGUAGGAGAAGUUCAUUCUCAUGCCUAUUACUCACUGGUAUUAACAUUCCUUAGUAGUCAACAGCAUGGGUUAUUAUCAGCUAGUUUAUGAUACUUGGUGUUUAUUAUCAUGGGAAUUAUCAGGAGGCUGUAAGGGUUGAGUCACUUGGAAACAUUUGCGUUUCUGUCAGGAAUGGCCAGUGGCACCAGUGUUAUCAAUGUGAUUCCCAGGACUGUGUAUGGUGCACUGUUAACAAUGGUGAGUGUCAAGACUGGACAGUCUCAGGCCCAUGGCUAUCAGGCCCCUGGCUAUCAGGCCCCUGGCUAUCUCCGUUUGGAGGGGAAGUGAGUCUGUCCCUGCCUGGCUUCCUUUAACCGCUCCUCCUUGAGCUCUGACUGCAUUCUGAUUGGCUCAGGGAGCUCAGGGUCAGUGGGCAUAGCCCUGUUGACUAAGUCACUGAUUCCACUGCAGUUUUACUGAAUCUGUCAACAAAUUCCAGCAUGUUGAUGAAGGUUUAUUUUAUAUUGAGUAUGGUUGAUAAAGUGAGCAUAGCUGACAAAACGUCCCUUUUUAAGAGCAAUACAUUAUGAGUGAGUGCAGUAUACUUUCUGCAUUAGUGGUACUGGGGUACAGUAGCUGUGACUGUAAGGCUCCUUAUCUCCCCCUCUCUCUCCUCAGAGAGGUGCUGUGCUAGACUAUGGUACAGUGAGGUAUAGUAAUGUAGCUGUGACUAACAGCUCUAACAUGCCUCUCUCUGUCCUCAGAGUAUGUACUCGGCACUGCCAGGUCUACUGGAUGGGAACCCGUUCUCGGAGAGCGGGCAGCUGCGCGUGCCCGAGGGAGUGAGCGGCAUCCUGGAUGUCCUGAAGGAGGCGCUGUCUCUGCUCAACGCCUUCCAGGUGCACUCUGACAUCAGCUCGCAGCUCUGCGCCUACCUCUUCUUCUUCACCAACGCAUCCCUCUUCAACGCACUCAUGGAGAGAGGUGAGACCUCCAACAUGCUCUGUUUCUCAUCCAUGGGGUUUUGUAGGAUCAAAUCUUAAACUCCUCGAAGUCCUAUCUCACAUGUAUCCUCAUAAAAUACAUACUGUGUGUGUUAAUGGGCUACUUCGGGAUUUUGACUUUCCCCAGAGUCAGAUGAACUUGUGGAUACCAUUUUUAUGUCUCUGUGUCCACUAUGAAGGAAGUUAGAGGUAGUUUAGCAAGCCAAUGCUAACUAGCGUUAUCACAAUGACUGGAAGUCUAUGGGUAUCUGCUAGCAUGCUGCAUCUUAUAGAAGUUCUAUUAUACUCAAUACCUAUGAUAGAAAUUAACUGAGCAUACAUACUGUAUGUCUGAGUGGUGUUCUGUUCUGCAGGCUCUGGAGGUGGGUUCUACCAGUGGUCUAGAGGGGUCCAGAUCAGGGCCAACCUGGACCUGCUGAUGGACUGGAUACAGGGGAUGGGCCUGGGGGACCUGGCUGUGGAGUUCUUCCAGAAGCUCUCUGCUGCUGUCAAUCUGCUGGCCACGCCCAAGGAGAACCUCCUACAGGUCAGAGGGAACUUCACUUCCUGUUUUGGUUUGGUCUGCUGGGUCAGAGCACUAAAUAACACUGUAGCCAAGAUGUCCAAAUCAGUCUGAGUAUAUAGUGUAUCAGAAUGGUAUUUUACAGUGUAUUAGACUGUACAUCACCAAGUGUCUUAGUUCAUUAUUGGCAUAAUAGUCUCGGUUAACCCAAAAGUAAAAUCUUGCUUAAUUUUGGUCAGCUGCGUGAUUUACUUCUGGGUCUAUAUGUGUUAGAAAUUGAGAAUUCCGGCAGUUUGCGAAGUCUCCACCCUCGCAAAAAGAAACUCUCAGCCAAAGCCCCCAACCGCAAAUCACUUGAAGCCAAGCAGUUUAAGCAUCGCCUUCGCCCAAUCCUGAUACAUCCAUAUAACCAGUGACGAAAACCCAAAGACCAGAACUACUGCAGUUCGUUAUCACACGCAUCACAUUCAGUCCCGGCAGAUUCUUGGGUCUACAUGCAGAAUCUGCCCACGGGAGAUUAUUGGCAUACAGAAGAACAUGCCUAGAGUGGAAAACCUGACAAAACAUUGAAAACAUUAAUGAAUCAUCACUGAAACUCUGUUUCCCUACAUUUCGUCGCUAACUAGGUUUUACUCUUAGAAAUGCAUGUUGCCUUUGAUGGAGGUGAUACUGUUGAAGUAGUUAUACGAUGAUAACAUUGCGAGUUUAGUUUGUAUGGGCCAUUGUGGGGUGAGAGAUGUUGUUUGUUCACUGCCACACUAGCUGUGGGAAUAGGUGUGUGUACACAGGCUUUUGGUUUUACACCUCUAUAGCACCUUACUAAAACAUUCCCCUGCCCUGGCCAGUUAUCAGAUCUGGAAAAAUACUGCAGGCUUCAGGUACGGUAGUACGAUACACACUUCUGAUGUUGUGAGAACAGUUAGGCUAAGUAUUAUGGUCUUAAUAUUAUCAGUGUGAUCCAGAUGUAAUGGUAAAGCAAUGAAGCAAUGGGGUGUUAAUGACAACAUUUCGUCCACUAUAGAAAUUCUGAAUGUAUCCAUUGAAGACCACAGGUGUUUUUCAACAUAUGGAACACAUCGAAAAUGUUAGAGAGCUGAAAGCGUUUUACACUGACUGAUGUCAGCUGAAUGAAACUCACACCUGCCACCACAUGACAUCAUUAUAAAAGCCUGACAGAGCUGUGGCAAAGGGAAAAGAAUGCUUGGAAAGAAUUGAAUUUUUUUCCAACAAAUUGUACUCUACAUCUCAUAUUAUGCAAUGACUUCUCAUCUAUUGAUGAAGAAAAUACACAUUUUGCCAAGAUAGGCAUUCCUUGCACCAAUAACUUAAACAAAUAUACAUAAUAAUAAUUCAGAAUUAGGUGGGGGCUUAUAUUUAUCCUGUUUCACACAUGUACAAGUGGGUAUUAUACACGUGUGAAUUGGAAAUGUGUUUUUUGCAUAUCCCAACUCCCCCUGGGACAUCCUCGGACAAUGGGGUCACGGCCAGGGUCACUGUAUGUAUGUUUAAAUCCCAUGUUGUUGAUGCCUGUGGCUCUAAGCUGUGUGCCACUGAGUAGUUAAUUAAGCAAUAAAGCACGAGGGGGUGUGGUAUAUGGCCAAUAUACCACGGCUAAGGGAUGUUCUUAUGCACGACACAAUGCGGAGUGCCUGGAUACAGCCCUUAGCCGUGGUAUAUUGGUCAUAAACCACAAACCCCCGAGGUGCCUUAUUGCUAUUAUAAACUGGUUACCAACGUAAUUAGAGCAGUAAAAAUACAUGUUUUGUCAUACCUGUGGUAUACGGUCUGAUAUACCACGGCUGUCAGCCAAUCAGCAUUCAGGGCUCGAACCACCCAGUUUAUAAUCCUUCCAUAAGCAUGCCAUUCUCUCUGUAAUCCACUGAAAGGAGGAUCCUGUUUACUCUUUGUACUAGGGGGAAGUUGAGCCAUAACAUAUCUGGUGGUGGUUCAGUUAGUUAACACUGUGGGCUAGUUAGAGACAUAAAGACAGAGACCACCAUAUAGGACAACCCAGCUAAGUGGAGGAACAAAGGUUAAACACACACACACACACACACACACAUAUCCUGUUUCUGGUCAAGUUUAUGACACCUGAGAAGAUAAGGGCGAUGGGGAGAAACUUGUUGCCAGUCCUUGUGUGACACAAGGCUGGCUUUAGCCCGGUCACCUUCAAAGACAAUCACUAAGAGACUGAGUGACCUCUGCCAUGACAUGCCCACACUAUGUCUCAUCCUAUGAAUGUACAGGAGCUGCAGAAAGGCUGUGGACACGUCAUGUUCUUGUAAUGUUUUUCCGGGUUAGUACAUGAGAAAAUCACCUCCUACUCAUCCCAAUUACAGCACUGUUGUUGUUGUUGUGGAUCGUUGUGGGUUUUAUCUUAAAACCACAGUUUGCAAUGCCCUAAAGCAUCACAUUCAGUCAGAAAGUUGUAUUUUCUCCUGCAAAUCAAAUCAAAUCAAAUCAAAUGUUAUUGGUCACAUGCGCCGAAUACAACAGGUGCAGACAUUACAGUGAAAUGCUUACUUACAGCCCUUAACCAACAGUGCAUUUAUUUUUAAAAAAAAAAGUAAAAAUAAAACAACAACAAAAAAAGUGUUGAGAAAAAAAAGAGCAGAAGUAAAAUAAAAUAACAGUAGGGAGGCUAUAUAUAUACAGGGGGGUACCGUUGCAGAGUCAAUGUGCGGGGGCACCGGCUAGUUGAGGUAGUUGAGGUAAUAUGUACAUGUGGGUAGAGUUAAAGUGACUAUGCAUAAAUAAUUAACAGAGUGGCAGCAGCGUAAAAAGGAUGGGGUGGGGGGGCAGUGUAAAUAGUCCGGGUAGCCAUGAUUAGCUGUUCAGGAGUCUUAUGGCUUGGGGGUAGAAGCUGUUGAGAAGUCUUUUGGACCUAGACUUGGCACUCCGGUACCGCUUGCCGUGCGGUAGCAGAGAGAACAGUCUAUGACUAGGGUGGCUGGAGUCUUUGACAAUUUUGAGGGCCUUCCUCUGACACCGCCUGGUAUAGAGGUCCUGGAUGGCAGGAAGCUUGGCCCCAGUGAUGUACUGGGCCGUACGCACUACCCUCUGUAGUGCCUUGCGGUCGGAGGCCAAGCAGUUGCCAUACCAGGCGGUGAUGCAACCAGUCAGGAUGCUCUCGAUGGUGCAGCUGUAGAAUUUUUUGAGGAUCUGAGGACCCAUGCCAAAUCUUUUCAGUCUCCUGAGGGGGAAUAGGCUUUGUCGUGCCCUCUUCACGACUGUCUUGGUGUGUUUGGACCAUGAUAGUUCGUUGGUGAUGUGGACAGCAAGGAACUUGAAGCUCUCAACCUGUUCCACUACAGCCCCGUCGAUGAGAAUGGGGGCGUGCUCAGUCCUCUUUUUUUUCCUGUAGUCCACAAUCAUCUCCUUUGUCUUGGUCACGUUGAGGGAGAGGUUGUUGUCCUGGCACCACACGGCCAUGUCUCUGACCUCCUCCCUAUAGGCUGUCUCAUCGUUGUCGGUGAUCAGGCCUACCACUGUUGUGUCGUCGGCAAACUUAAUGAUGGUGUUGGAGUCGUGCCUGGCCAUGCAGUCAUGGGUGAACAGAGAGUACAGGAGGGGACUGAGCACGCACCCCUGAGGGGCCCCCGUGUUGAGGAUCAGUGUGGCAGAUGUGUUGUUACCUACCCUUACCACCUGGGGGCGGCCCGUCAGGAAGUCCAGGAUCCAGUUGCAGAGGGAGGUGUUUAGUCCCAGGAUCCUUAGCUUAGUGAUGAGCUUUGAGGGCACUAUGGUGUUGAAUGCUGAGCUGUAGUCAAUGAAUAGCAUUCUCACGUAGGUGUUCCUCUUGUCAAGGUGGGAAAGGGCAGUGUGGAGUGCAAUAGAGAUUGCAUCAUCUGUGGAUCUGUUGGGGCGGUAUGCAAAUUGGAGUGGGUCUAGGGUUUCUGGGAUAAUGCUGUUGAUGUGAGCCAUGACCAGCCUUUCAAAGCACUUCAUGGCUACAGACGUCAGUGCUACGGGUCGGUAGUCAUUUAGGCAGGUUAUCUUAGACUGCUCUCAUAAUGAAUUUAGACCCAGAGUUUAUAGUAUCUUAAUCUGAUCUUAUUUUGAUGGAACCAGGAAUGGAGAAAGGAGCAUUUUGAGGCUCAGAGCAACCAGACUGACAGUGUAGCAUUUCACUCUUCAAUCCCCAGCCAUAAGGGGCUAAUACAGUAUGAGACAACACCUGUUCUCAAUAUCUAACCAGAAGGUAUCCAUGGUAACAGCCCCAAAACAGCUCCCCAGUAGUAGAACCAGUCUCCCCUCAGUCAAAGGCUGCCUCUCUCCUCUAUUCGUGAGGACGGUUGCUAGGAGGCUGGUGGUUUUGUGUCUGGAUCACUCCCAUGGCACCAGGUCAGAUGUUGUGGUUGGUAAAACGAAGCACACACCCUCGUCAUAUUCUCAGUUUUCCAUCUGGAGUUCUGGGCUCAAGGGAGUGAGGGACAACCCGUUGGCUCCAUGGUAAAUUACCAGUGAUGUGGCAUGGUUUUGUUAUGGCUGUGCUCUCUCAGUCUCCAGUAAUUUACUGAUGAUACAAAGUUAAAAGAUGGAGUCAGUGAUGUUAUGCCACUUAUGACUGGGAUACACCAAGUCAGAUACUAGAGACAGAAAAGGUAGACUUAAAAGAAUGUUAAAGAUAAGUCACUAUUGCUUAUAAACAUCCCCAUAACUCCUCCUUCUGGCCAGCCUCUGUGUUUUGACCAUGUCAUGCGACAAAGAGGGUGUGUUCAUUGGAGGAAUGAAGGCAUACAAGGCAAGGGUAAAUAUGGUCUGAUAUAUUCUACACAAUGCCUGUCAGCAUACCAAUAACACCUCGAAGCCAAUGAUGUCAUCUUGAAAUGACUCACCUAUGUCCUUCUGGUUAGUUACUGAGUAAUUAAAACACCUCAGCUCUCCAAGGUGUGAAUGAGGAAAUAGGUGAAGGUUAAGUCUCUUGUGUGUUUAUUCCCAGUAACCAGAGAGGGGUCAACUGAGAGGAUAACUAACACCUGAUUGUUCAUAGUCAUAGAACACAUACAGUAAUCUAGACGCUGUAAUUAGCACUUCUUCUGAUGACAUCUGACAUUUGACGUUUAUGACUCAGGAAUGUUUAGUCAUAUAGAUGGGAAAUGUGACAUUCAGGAACACUUCCACAAUCAAGCAUUUGAACAUUUAUCCCUUAUGUGUAUGUGUGUGUGUGUGUAUGUGUGUAUGUGUGUGUGUGUGUGUGUGUGUGUGUGUGUGUGUGUGUGUGUGUGUGUGUGUAUGAGUAUUGAUCUUAUUAUUAGUACAGACAGUGACAGAGGUUGGCAUGACAAUUAUUACUUUCAGUCCUAGAUUUAUUUUCCCAACAAAUUCAGCACCACAUAAUCUGUCAUUGGAAUGACACAAAUGCGCAAUUACAGUACAUGGAUAGAUUUGUGGUUUUAAAUAUUUUGUACACAAAUAGCUUUGUGUGGAAAUAACCACACUGGGAAAAUGCUACCCUGUAAUGUUUUGUUUCACUAACAACAAUGACAUCAAACAGCUCUGUCAGCUCUUGCAUUUAAAUUAUGCUAUGUUUACUCUUUUGUGAAAUAUGCAAUCAUAUUCCUUGUAUCAUGGUCCUUGUGCCUGUAAAUUGAUAUUGUUGUAACGUGUGAGUGUAUAUAUAUAUAUGUGUGUGUGUGUGUGUGUGUGUGUGUGUGUGUGUGUGUGUGUUACAGGCGUCAUGGAGCUCUCUGAGGACUGAGUUCAUGCCUCUGAACCCAGCCCAACUGCACCACAUGCUGAGGGAGUAUAACCCAGGCAGGGCCUGUCCUGCAGACUGGAACCCCUCAGCAGAUGAGGCAGAGGCUGCCCUCAGGACCAGUGAGUGGCACACAGACACAGCAGAGUCAUGGCUGGUAGCCAAACAGGCACACAGACACAGCAGAGUCAUGGCUGGUAGCCAAACAGACACACAGACACAGCAGAGUCACGGCUGGUAGCCAAACAGGCACACAGACACAGCAGAGUCACGGCUGGUAGCCAAACAGGCACACAGACACAGCAGAGUCACGGCUGGUAGCCAAACAGGCACACAGACACAGCAGAGUCACGGCUGGUAGCCACACAGGCACAGCAGAGUCACGGCUGGUAGCCAAACAGACACAGCAGAGUCACGGCUGGUAGCCAAACAGGCACACAGACACGUUCACGUGUAUACACCAUAUGCCUAAACAAACACACGUGUUUCUUGGACACAAACAAAUUCACAUAGCCUAUGUAGUCUGUACGCUUGUGUAAACACACUCACUCUGCCAUGAUUAAAUCAGAUCAGACUGUCGCCCUCCCAUGCCCUGAUAGGGUUAGUAACUAGAGGCCUGUUCCCUGUCGUGUCUGAGAGUGGCUGAGUGUGUUCCCCAGAAUAAUCCUGUCUGCUUGUCCCAGUCUAACUCUAAAUUGGAGCGUGGGUACAGGGGGGAGGUUCGAGAGGAGAACCCUGUCCAGCCCAAUCAGUCUCACCACAGAGUUAACUCUCAAAUCCACCCCUCUCAAUAUAGGACUUGGCACCUGUCUCCCCUCUCUGUCCCUGUCACCUAACCUCUUCUGUGUGAAUGGCCCAACCCCUGCUGGUACCCCCCAGGGGGCACUUUAUCUUGUCUAAGAGGCCAUGACUGUCUUUCUUAAAUUGGAGAUGCUAAUCUAAAGUAUUAACCUACAAAUCCGGUUUAAUUAAGUAAAUGAAGUAAAAGGAAAUAAAAGUGUGUACACAGUGAGAAAGCUCUUCCAGAGCUUCUGAUGUAAUCUUUUCUGAGUCACGUCUUCUGUCUUUAAUGAUGACCUGUAUUUCCCUCCUCAUCUAGCUGACAUCCUGGAGAGUUUUGACAACCACCCUCCCCUUAUCCUGCCUAGCAACACCUUCCACCUGGAGUUGGGUAAACCAAUCAUGGAGCCCAGCUCUGUUUGAGCAGCUCGGCCGUCUGCAGGACUUCAUCCGUAGUCUCCCCACCAGUCAAACAACACAGCAGGUAACCACCUAUCUGACCUUCUGUCUGUGUGUACCCAGACUUUACAAAUAUACAAUCUAAUGAGAGGCCAAUGGCAGUCGGUGGUGCUCAGUAAAUGAGACAUUUUAACUUUUAUGUUUUUCCAUCUCUGUUUUAUUGACUUCUCCCUCCCUUCAGGCACUCAGUGGGACAGCUACAGACGCCAAGUCUGCGACCUCGCCCUCUGUCACAGUGGUGGUCCCUGACCCAGUUCCCUGCCCCUCGCUCAGGGCAGAGGUGGACUCUGAGAGCCCUGCGGUGCCCCCUAAGGCCCGGGGGUCUCAUGGUGACCUGAGCUGCUGCCUAGCAGAGGCAGAGCUGACCCACAAGCUGAAGAGUCUGGAGCGGCAGAACGCCCUACCUGGGAGUGGCCAGGCUGACCUGGGCUGCCACAAGAGCCUGGCCCUGGACCCCUCCUGCCUGCUGACGCCCCCCAACACCCCCCAGGGCAUGGAGCUGUCUCAGUCUGAGCUGGAGGCAGACCUGCAGGAGGGAGCAGCAUGGCAGCACAGGAAAGGUAACACAGAGGGCUAUGGCAUAGUCAGGCUACAUACAGAGCAUCCAGUUACAAUACAAACAACUCUGGUUGAUAGAAAAUAAGCAUAAAAAGCCAUGUGGCAGCUGAAGUGUGUUAUUGACCAAUGAUAACAGAGGAUUGAUGAUGCUGUAACAGUGGGGUGGCACAUACAUAGCAAUCCUAAAAGAAACUGAUACUGUCUCAAUCACCUUGGAUGAAUUACGAAGACAAAGAAUAACAGAGGAUCCCUUCAUGGCCUUUCCCUCACUCUGCAGGUUUUGAUUAAAGUGAUGUAAAACUCCUGUCACAGCAAAUACAGCCACCUCGGCUCACACUGUGGCUCAUGUACCUAACCCCUGGAGUUAGGUCACUAGUGCCUCCCUCGUAAUAUAAACCCACCAAUGAUUGACAGGCUCCAUUAAAGGAAGAAUUUGGCUGCUUGACCCAGGAGACCUUGGUGCGUAUUUGUUCCCAGUGGCUCCAGGUUGACACAAGGUGCUUGAUAUCUUCAUCUCUUCAACUCUAUUGACUUUGGACAUAAACUGUAGGUCGUUGGAGGAAUAAAGAGCUGUUCUGGCUGUGUAAUGAUCAUGUUCUCCCUGUAGGGUGGAUUCCAUGUGUAGAGGAAAGGCCAUUUCCUCCUCAGGCCUAUUGUUUUUUGAAGCUCUGCUCAUGAGGUCAUCUGUAGGAGUGGAUGGGAGGGGAAAGUGAGCGGAGUGCUCUCUGGUUCUGAUUUAUUCUGUGGUGGAGGAGUUAGGGUGAGAAAUGGGAGGAAAGGACUAAACAUCUUAUUGCAUAACUGGGAGGGCAACUUCCAGGGUUAACUUCCAGGGUUAACUUCCAGGGAUAACAAUGACGUCCCCCUCCCUAAAGCAGGUCAGCUUUCUCUAACAAUGUCUCAAACAAUGUGUAAGACUUUAACACUUUUAUAUAAGUCCUAUAACAGCCAUACUCAACAGCCGGACCGUGCGGAUCAGGACCCAGAACAGGGUCAAUACAGACCGUCGGUCCCGACAGAAUUUACAUUUUAAUUGUAUUUGUAAUUGUAUUUAGGAACUCAGCUGGGCUUUCAACUUACUGCUGUUGAGAGUUGUAAUUGUAGAAUGCACAAGUGCAAUUUCGAAAUUUGGUAGUGCAUGGGCAGUUUUCUUCUUGUUAUGUCAUUCACUGACAGACCUUAGAGAGGUAUUUAUAACCUGUCAGAAAUGUCCAGUUAAUUACUACUAGCCCAUGUUAGCUAGAUGGGUAAAUUAGUUAUCAUGGCCAGAUUAUGUGCCCAGGGGCCUCAACCCCAGCGGCACCCAUUGAUUUUUUUCAGUUACUCAGGUAUCAUAUGAACACACAGAAAUGUCAAAAUGUGUAGAGUAUCAAGAAAUUAGCUUUAAAAUGUCAAAAUGCAUAGAAUUGCAGGAAAUGAGGUUUAAACUGACAAUAAUUUCUCUCCGCCAGCAAGAUGGGUGUAAACAAUUUAAACAGUUUGGGGUCGCAUGGGUUUUCUAGGUGGGGCUUUGUUACUACGGCGAUAAAUGACAAUACCUAUCUGGACCUUUGCCACCUAGCAAAUGUGUGUGACCGCCUGACAUUCUCAAAUAGUAGUCUAGUACCCCUGUCCUAUACAUUGAAUUUUCUCAAGGGAUACAAUCAUUGAGUCAAACACCUAGUAAAAGAGAGUGAGUCUAUAAGUUUGAUGCCACUUUAUCUAAAACAUUGUGAGAAUCCUGAAUUUCAGAUACCACAGUCCCAGGUCAUAUCCAAACAACAGGUUAGAUAAUGAAAGCCCUUUAAACCAAUAUAAUCUAAUAGCAGUCCAUGGCCUUUCCUGUUGAUUAACACCAGCUAAUUCCCUCAUGUCUUAAUCAGAGACAAACGCUCUGUGUAACAUGUGAUUGUGUGUAAGUGCUUACCAUGUGCUUAAAGCUGCCAGACCCCAUGUGUGGUUUUGUAUAAAUAGGGCUUUACUAAAGCUUCCAUUUUGUUGAUCAUGAUCGGAACUCAUUACGAUCAAUGGCCCUUGUAUUUAUACAGGCUCUAUCGUUUAACAAUUUGUCAUAAACCUAAGAUAUUGUUAUGAAAAUAAUGUACUAUUGAACAUUACCCACUUUCACAGAAAUAUUCUCUAAUCAUGUCAUUUCCCUGGUUAUGACAUUGACCAAAGCUUCCCACCAUGUAUUAUUGUGGCCUCCCAGUCCCAUAGUGUUCCUGCUCUCUGCUCAACCUCGGUGGUUUGGGGCGCUAAUGGUAACCUACCGCUAUUUUGGUAGCAUUGCUAAUCCUUUAAUCUGUACCAAGAAUUACAGAGAGGUGGUGAUGUCAGGAGAGAAAAGAGCAGUGGCUGACCCGUCAUGGGAAUUUACAGUUGGGUUGGUGCGUGGAAUCUUAAUCGGGACAGGCAUUGUUCCGGGCAGGUCCUGCAUGGGGGGCAGAUGGGCUCGGGCUGGGUGUUAGUGGGGGAGACCAGUGGGAGAGCAGGGGAGAGCAGGGGGAGAGCAGGGGACAGCAGUGGGAGACCAGGGGGGAGCAGGGGGAGACCAGGGUAGAGUAGGGGGAGAGCAGGGGGAGACCAGGGGACACCAGGGGAGACCAGGGGACACCAGGGGAGAGCAGGGGGAGACCAGGGGAGAGCAGGGGGAGGGGGUGUGAAAGUGUAGGGCAUGCUGGUGGUACUGUUGCAGGUAGCUAGGUUGUUGUGACAGGCUAAAUACACCACAGACAGGGAGCACUGGACCAGCCUGCGAAAGAGCUUUCCCAAGGCCCAAAGGCUUUACAUGUGGAGCUUGUUCUCAGUGGGGUACACACUCUGUAUGGUUCUCAUUACAACGUCUAGGCAUUUAGUGGAUGCCCCACAGUUUUAUAGCACUCAGACUUGACAUGAUUUUUAUAUGGAGUCCAAAUACAACAUCUGUGUUCAAUAUCAGUUGUAGUUAUGUGUAUGUUGAGGAGGUCAAACCAACUGUGUCCCUCUGGAGAAGCUCAGUGGAACCUCCAGUCUUUGAUCCAUAUAUUCCUAUUGGUAAAAAUAAUAAUCCUUAUAACACUAAUCCUGCUGGACUUCAAAACAAUCCCAGUAUUGUGAACAGCUCUUUCACAUGACAUGACAUGACAUAAAGACAGACAGACAGAGACACACACACACACACACACACACACACACACACACACGCACAUGAAGAAGGUACUGUAGAGGGGAAACCAAAGGGGAACCAGACACUACUUUCAUGUUUGCCACAGUGAUAUGAUUUCAUUCUAAUUUCAUUAAAAGGAGGACCACAAUAACAGGAAACCUAGAACUUUAAGCAGAGUUAAGGUGGGAUUGGAUACUGUGUCUAAUGUGGGGUGUUAUUGUGUGUGUCUCCUCAGCAGGCAGCUGCACAAGGGAAUGUUCUGAGAGAAGGAAUGGGAACGUGGAGGAAGAUAAUGUGGAGGAAGAGGAAGUGUUUACUGUGGAGCUACACAGAGGACCUCACGGUCUAGGCCUGGCACUGGUGGAUGGAAUGGUGGGUGAAAUCCUUGUCUUGUUGUCUUUAUUCCUCCACCUCCUCCUUCACCCAAGUCUCAUCUUCCUGUUUGUUUCUCUACCUCCCUUUCUUAUUUUUCUUCUGCACAGGGAAAUCAAUGAAACUUGAAAAAGCUCAAACAUUCUGUCUGUGCCUGGUUGUACAAAGUGACAGCCUUGUCGAUGCGAGGGGCAUGUGACUCUUAUUUGGUCAUGUGACUUAUGACGUCCUGAUAUAAGGCAUUGCAUGGCUGUUCAAGCCUCAUAGUCACAGGCUAAUCGGAUUAGCCUUUAAACUUAAAGGAUUUAGAACAUAUGCUACCUAUCUGAUCAAAUUCAAUGUGCUUAUUGAAAGAAUAGUAAUUUUGUAGUAGCAGGAUCAGAUCUGAACCCACAUGCUGAAUAUCAACAGCAUUCAUAAGCCCAUGGUUCAACGGAUAUGGUGUAAAUCCUUGUUAGUUAAAGGUAACACAUUUCCCAUGAUUAACUGUGUUACAUCAUCAUGCAUCAAAGUCAGGGAAAUCUAGCUUUAAAUGAAUGGUGAGUUGAACUGUGUACAGAUAGCAAGAAGAGUUGUUGAGCCUAUGUGGGUCUUCAUGUGGGUCUUCAUGUGGGUCUUCAUGUGGGUCUUCAUGUGGGUCUUCAUGUGGGUCUUCAUGUGGGUCUUCAUGUGGGUCUUCAUGUGGGUCUUCAUGUGGGUCAUCAUGUGGGUCUUCAUGUGGGUCUUCAUGUGGGUCUUCAUGUGGGUCUUCAUGUGGGUCUUCAUGUGGGUCAUCGUGUGUGUGCAGUGUUGGGGAAUAGUGAACUAGAUGUAGUUCAACUAGUAAUUUAGCCCAUAAGAAAUAAGAAAGAUCAGGAAACUAUUUAUAUAUUUUUUGACAUGUAUUUAACCCCUUAUUUUAGGCACUAAACUAUCUCCAUAUAUACUUCCAUUAAUUUUUUAAACCAGACCUUCAGACAAGUCUUGUGAGGCUUGUGGGCGUCUUAGAGCAAAACAACCGACGUGUACAUGUUUGUGAGAGACUCACCUUUCCACCGAGGGGUCAUUAGUGUGUAGCCCAAACUGUUCGGACGCUACAGACAGAAGUUGGCAGAAGAGGCUGUAGCGACUUCAGAUAAGUCAGUUCGGACGCUUUAGACGUUUUCGUGAGAAGACUGAUUUUCGGGAUGUCUCAUGGUCUGACAAACACCGCUCCAGCUCUGCCACCUUUCACUGCAGAUGUGGAAGGGCGAUAUCGGCAGAUGCGGUGGAUUGAGACGCAGACCAUUUUGUAUUAUGUUAAUUCGAUUUCUGCCGGGCCGAAGGGUUAACUACAUUUUGCAGUAGCUUGGUGGUAGUUUAACUAAAUUAAAAUCUAGGUUUUCAGUAGUUAAUUACCUUUUUGCCAUGUAGCGGUGUAGCUAACUACUGGAACUACACACUACUUUUUUGCAAAAAAAUAAAAUAUGGGUGAAGUAGCAAUCAUUUCCUUUCUUUUUCAGCAUCAGACCUGCUUAAUUCUCACUUGGAACAUCGUUUUUGUGUUCAAUAAACUAAAUUACACAUUCUGUUAACAUAUGACCCCAAAGUUAUCUGUUCUUGGAAUUUUCUAUGACAUUUCAGAUUUACAUAUGAUAAUUUUUAACAAAGUAGUUUGGAUGUAGUAAACUAGUUUUUCUAAGUAACUUUAGUUAAGUAAACUAUAUUUUUCUUAAGGGUAGCUUUAGUGUAGCUUAACUUCUUCCAGUGUGAAGUAAAUGGUAGCUUGGUAAACUAUAUUUUCAGAGUAGCUUCCCCAAUACUGUGUGUGUGUGUGUGUGUCUGUGUGUAUGUGUGUGUUUGUGUGGUUAUGUUAUGUAGGUGUGCGCUUAAGCUUGGGUUUACUAGCAGGUGCAUAGCAUGUGGUAAAUGUGUUGACCUCCUUUUGAAGUAAGCCAUGAACCAGUAAGCUAAUUUAUAAGAACCAGUAGACUCCUCUAAAGCAUAUUAGGCAGCUGCAAUGGUUAUUAUUAACCUUAUUUCAAUGUCUGCCUUUGGCUUCAAAUUAUACUAAAGUGCUGUUUUCAUCAUUUAAUUCAUAACAGAAACGUGUCUGGUCUGAAACCCUCUACUCAUGGACAUGCAUGCAAGUGUGCUGCUGUGGAGAAUUCUAUAACAUGUGGUGCCCCCUGUAGGGUAGAGAUUAAACAGCAGAGAUGUUGCUGUAAUUUAGGCACAGCGUGUCCUCAGACCCAACCUCAAUGUUACAUCAUCUUGUGUCCUGUGUAGAAAACGCCUCUGAAGAUGACUGGGAUCUAUAUCAAGUCAGUGGUGCCAGAGUCCCCAGCCGCCCAGUGCCAGAAGCUGAGGUUGGGAGAUCGUAUCCUGGCUGUGAACGGUAUCAGUCUGGUGGGCAUGGAAUACCACAUGUAAGUAGUGCAACAUGGAGACUGGUCUUUACUACCCUGUGUUGAUAAAGAAGCUGUAAUACAAUACUUGAUAUUAUUUAGAUAAUAGGAGUUAUAAAACAGAACAUAGAAUAGUUUAAUCUCCUCCCUCUGUUUAACACACUCUCUGAUGUUAUCUCUCUCUUUCUGUCCCCUUCACAGUGGUAGAGAGCUCAUUCGUUCAUCUGGAGAUGCCCUCAGAUUGCUGGUGGCCAAAAUCGAGUCCAAAUCAAUAGGGAAGAGCUCAGUGAUCAAGUGCUGAGUGGAAGGAAGGUUUCACUGGAGUCUUCCCCAAGUGACAUUUGACCCUCAGUAGGGAGCUUAACCUCUUCUUUAUUUAUCCAACUAAGGACCUUAGUUGUCUGUCAGUACUUUACAAGACGUGUUCCUCAACCAAAGGAUAAAAUACAUUUGAAAGUUUAGUUUGUUUUGGUGAAUAAUCACUCCUCACUGAGUAUUUUAAAUGAAGCUUUACUGUACAUAGAAUGAACAGGAGGACACUCAAAGCAAACUGAAUCCACUAUUGCUCAAGUCUUCUCUGAAGCACCAUUACAUGUUUAUCAACAUAAUGGUCCAGACAGCUUCCCAAAACAGUGUUUUUCUGUUGCCCCCUUUUCUUUUCAGCAUGUGAAUAAAUCUGCAUGGUGAGCUGUCCUUUGUACCCAGAAAACACUGUGGGUUUGGGAGAGUAGAAAAUAACAGCGGUUAAGGCAGUUGUUGCUAGCAGGAUUGAGCUUUUUCAGUGUCUUCGAGGCCACUAUCUACUGACUGCUAAUGGCUAGUGCACAGCAUUCUGUCUGAAGAUUGCUCAGCUUUACAAACGCCAAAACUCAUAAGAACUUAUGCAAAUAUAAAAAUGUUAUAAAACUGUACAUUAUAAUGUAUUUUUGGGGUAAAAACAAUGACCCAUUCUUAUGUCAUAGUGGCUUUAUACUUUGGAUAUUUACUGAAGUGCUAUUAGUGAAAUACUUUCUGAAACACUACAGUAUAGUGAAAGGUUGUCACAGACUCUAUGGUUAUCUAUAAGGCAUUUCAGUGGAGCUCAGUGAUUAUCUAAUAUAGAUGCCUGGACACAAUUACCCAUGGUAUCAAAGCCUUACUGUUAAACCUCUCCUCUGACUUUUUCCAUGUGGUGACAGUGACACUAUAACUUAUGACUGUUUAUGAAAUGUUUAUGAACAUAAAUGACUCUUUAUGACAGUUUUAAGUCAACUUCUGUUUUUUAAUGCCAGGGUAACAGUGUUAAGUCUUCAAUUUAAUUGACGACAAAUAAAAUAGUAUUCCAUUUUCUAAUAUUUAUAUUGUCCAGUAUUUUUUAACAUAUUUAAUAAAUGUUAUUUAGAUUUUAAAACAAAAUGAGAGCUCCAAAAUUCCUGAGUUAUUCCCCAAUCCCUACAUCCUCAGACUGUACAGCCUGCAUCCCCAGAUGGUUGAACACUCUACGGCGUGGGGCGUAACAAGGCCAAAUAAAGCAACGGCACACUUUGGGGUGAAUAAGGAAUCCAGCUGUUGACCAAGUGCUUUUAAACAGGGGGAGGUAGCAGGGAACCAAGGGUGUGUCUCACUCAGGGCAGGCACGCUUUAGUGGGCCACCAGAAGAGCCACCAUUUAUAGUGCCCUGUGGUUUCCACUAGAGCAGCACUUUCCACUACACCACUCAAUUUGAUACACCCCAGGGUUCUCCACUGUGCCCUGAGGCCCAUAGUAAAAUGGUUGUUAUGGCGUUAAAAAGGCAAUCUCACACUUUGCAUACUUCAUGCUUGCAGGUAAACACAAAACUAUGUCAGAAGCUGCUGAUUGUGAGGAGUGUUCUGCCCAAGUCAUCCAUUUUCUUCCAUUUUCUUCCCUGGUAUAACCCUGACAUUAGUGCACUUUUAAUUAUCAGAUAAAUAAUUAGCUAAACACAGCCAAUUAUUAACUGUAAUUGCUUCAUGGUGCUAGUCACACAAAGAGAAAUCUGUACAUCAAAAAAGUGCUGAUAUAGUAAGUUAUACAGCUGAUACAGUAACUAAUACAGGUCACCUACAUAGGCCUUGAUGCAAAGUAGUCCUCCCCAAUCUGAGGUUGCUUACAAUCAAAGUAGUGGUCACAGUUGAGGAUGGGGCAGUCAGUGAACUCUAGCCUGUAGUCAUAGAACAGUGAAGCCUGGCUGGGUGAGUCCUCUGGGCCUCCAGAGAAGCCACACUCCCCCAGAGAGCUGUCUGGUGGUAGGAAGGACUCCUGGGAGGGAACUCUGGUUCUGAACACCUGCAGGCUGGUGGUCUGGAUCCCAACCCGCUCCUCGAUCACCCUGAUCAGGCUGGACACCCUGGUUCUGCUGGGGAAACCACCUCAAAGCUCCCUGGAUGGGCUCCUCCGUACUCAGCAUAAACAUAAAUAGCUGACAUGUAUUUUCAAUGGGAGUUAAUUUGAGUGUGGGAUUUAAAAAAAAAAAGUUAACCUGUCUGGGUGAUGUACUGUAGCAUGAGUAUUUCUGUGUGUAUAGAUACUGUAUGUCUGAGUGCUUGUUUCUGCAGUAUGUACUGUAUGUGCAUGUCUUACAUGUCUCAGGAGGUGGUGGGCUGACAGUUAGGGCAGGGCUGUAGCUUCUCUCUACUGAUCUCCAAACAACAGGGAACAGCAUCCUCCUCUCCCUCAUCCUUACCCUCCACUCUUUCAAAUAGAAUGAUAAAACAUUCAUAGAAACCAAUAGAAACAUGUUCAAACAUCCACACUAGAAUCCUGAUUUUGCUAUACCUUACUCUAUGUAGUUGGUUGCUCAUGUCCCUGUAAUCGAUCUCCACAUCGUUGCCUCUCCUCAGUAGCUGAGACAGCAGAUACAGCUGAAAUUGCAGACACAGAAUUCCCAAUUCUGUCAUACCUAAGGAUGUAAGGGAUUUUGAAUUUUAACUUUUUACACCAGAGACAUUCUACAGAAAUUGUCCUAACCCCACAAAAGGAGUUGAGUUAUUGGUCUCCUAAAAUGAUUUUGUGAUGACUUGUACACAACCCACUGGGCACAUGCUGGUUGAAUCAACGUUGUUUCGACGUCAUGUCAAUUAAAUGACGUUGAACCAACGUGGAAUAGACAUUGAAUGUGACAUUGAAAAGACGAAGAAAUGGAAAAGGCAGGAUUGUAGUUAUUAUAGGUCCAUUAUAAAGUGCCAUCUCUCCAGACAGUGAUUCUUAGAUCAAUGAUGAUGCUAUCGCUCCAGUGAAUCAACCAUUAAAUGGCUCUAUCCACAGAGGCAUUAGCCAAGAGUUAAAUAAAGGUUAAAUAAAAUAAAAUAAAAGAGGCCUGAAUGCUGGAUUUAAGGCUGACUGUGCUCCUUGGUUCUCCUUGGCUCCAACUUUCUGAAGGAUUAAUAUUUUCUUCUGAACUAAUGUACAGUAUACUCAAUGUCUGGGGCCUGAAGGACAAAAGGAACAUUGUUCUGUUUUUGUUUCCCAGGACGAGCUGUUAUCUGUGGGAGGUGAGAGGGCCACUUACAAGCUCUCCAGGAAAUGAACAAGUGCUUGCAUUCUAAGCAGUCUGAAUCAGAACAUUGACCAUAAGCACUUAUAUAUCUUCAAUAAAAACCCACACAGUCAGUGGCAUUGAGAUAGGACUGACUCAGGAGUCUCAUAAAACGGUUUGUAAUUGCUUUCCCCAGUGGUUUUAUUUAUGUUACAUUUAAAGGAGCUGAGAGCCAGUUACAUUUGACUUAACUUUUCAAGGGGUCUACAGUGGAAAGAAUCAUCGCAACAUUUCCAAAUGGAACUCACUGAAACAUGCUAGAGUGAACUUCUAGCAUUGAAAAUAGUAUUUGGACUCAUUAUGAGGUAAUCCUUUGACAUACCUUAAUUGCAGCCAUGAGCCCCAGAUGAAAGCUUUGAGACAGAUUUCCCAGCUGAUAUUGGUUCAUUUGGCUGGGAAUGAGGGUGUAACAGACUAGAGUAGGGAUGGAUUACCCAGCUCACAGUCCUCGGGGCCGAUGGUACCAGUGCUGUCUGUGUCACACAGGCUGAACAGCUCCACUGCCUGGUCCUGGUACUCCUGGAGCCAGAGAGUCAUGUGAUCCAGGAACCGCUCAUACUCCGCCUGGUCGAACCUAAAGGCCUGGCAGGUUCUCUCUAAGGCGGCCUUAGGGGAUGAAACACAAAACCAUUAUCACAGUGCUAUGUUGCAUAACACGUUCAGGCUAGGUUCUCACAAGGUGCAUUUGAGAGUCCUCACAAUGCUACUACGCAUUAUGUAUAAGGCUCAUGAUGUAUAUUUGAGUAUUAUAUGUUGCACCAUACCAUGUUCUUCUCAUCUUUGGUCAGUAUAAUAGCCCUCUUCUUUAUGCCCUGGUUGAUCAGUUUUCCAGGGCAUGAGGCAGUACUGGGCUCUGUGUUUGGAUCUGUGGUGGGCUCAGUGCUGGUCUUCAGUGUCUCACUCUGGGCUCUGAAGACAGACAGAAAUGAGUUACGGUGGUUCCAAAAUAUUUCCUUUUUACAGUACAAUGACAGAGUUGUGAUUCAACAAACCUUUUCAUUUAGAUACAGACUCGACAUUGAGCGAAAUAGAACGGGAAAUGAAGACUGACAUAAUGGGAAAUGAAGAUUGACAAAGGGCAAACCAGGGUUUGCGAUGUCUCAUCCUUCCUCCCUAUCUAAAACAAUGAGGGCAGGAAACAACAUAGUGGUGACUAGUUAAACACCAAGAGCCUGAGUGUGCUGGUUACUGCUCUCCCAGUUUUCCUUUCAGUCCCUGCCCUGAGAGAGAGAGCUCUGCUGGGGUGGGGUUGGAGAAGGCAGCCCCCCCCCCCCCAGACACAGGAAAUUCCAUCUGGAGACUGGGGUGCCCGGUGUAGAACUCCUCAGGGGGGCACGUCAGCUCUGGGUCUGGGGUGCAGCUCACUGUAGACCUAACCCUCCCAGCAGAUAUCCAGACCAGGCCUGGGGCAGAGGGCACCUAUGAGUCCCACAGACCGCGGGCCGUGAGUGGG